AUGCAGUAUUUACAAGACAUGGGACAAGCUGUUACUGCUGCUCUGGCGAAUUUCGGAAUCGAUGCAAGUUACGAAGUCCGAAAUGAGGACAAGAAGGAAUCAUCUGCUGAGGAUAAAUCGAAAACAUCACAAGGAGAACAAGUUCAACAGGCGGAGGACACAGCGAAAAAGGAUAAUGCGGAAACAGCGCCCAACGAAACGCAACCACCAACCAAUCCACCUGCAGCAUCCAAAUUCGACAGCCUUAAAAGUGCCGAGGCUGAAUACUGUCAAGCCAUGGAAAGAGCUAAGGAAAUCAACGAGUCCUUGGAAAAGGCCAAGGAGAUGAACGAGGACUAUCAGGAGGAAGCUGAGACUGAGAACAGUGAAGUUGUGAAGGCACCUAGCGAG